AUGGGCAGUGCGUACCACUGGGAGGCCAGUCGCCGGCAGAUGGCUUUGGGCCGGAGGAGGUGGCUGAUGGCCCAGCAGCAGCAGCAGCAAGAGCAGGAACUGAAGAAACUCCAAGAAGAGAAACGGCAAUCUGAAAAAAGAACCCAGCCAGCUCGGGAGUCGCCGCGGGAGUCGCCGCCACCGCCGGCGCCAUCACGGUCGCCACCCGCGCAGCCGCAGCCGCAGCCUCCGCAGGUACCCGAGCGGCCGCCGCCGCCGCCGCCUCAGCCAAAGCCACAAAAUGCCCAGGACCCUCUUACUGAGCGCACCUCCCGGUACAUUCUCCAGGAUUCCCAAAGGCCAGGCGCCCACAAGGACAGAUUCCAAGGACGGGUGAUGAACCCUCAAGGUGCAGUCAACGAACUACAUCCAGCAGUGGUGAUUCAGAGACAGACCCCCGAGACCCCACUGGCCGGCCAUCAGCAAACAUCAGAUGAGCAGCCCCGUCUUCCUACCUCCCAGCAGCAUCUCCACUUCAAAAGCCAAGCCCUCCUGAUCCACUCUGGCAGGGAGGCUGGCUGGGAAUCACGUGUGAUUUCUUCCCGCAAAGAAUCAAGAGACUGGCUGGGCUCCAGGAGACAGAGAUGAGGGGGAGGGGCCAGGAAGACCCACGAAGAGGAUGGAGAGGGUGCGAGAAGACAGUGGAGGGCAAUUCCAUGCUUCUCCAGGCAAAGCCAAUGGGAGAACUUGGCCUUGGGCCCCCAGCUCUACAGCUCCACUACUGGCCCUUAUUUAGCAGCGAUAUCACAGCCUGCUGGGGGCUCAGGUCUACGACUCUCACUGGAGCCACCAGCCCUUCCUCCUGGCCGAUGCUUAUUGAGAUGCACCUGGGGAAGCGUGGGUUGCAUCACACCAGAGCAGACCUGGGACCUGGGGCAGCAUCAGGAAGAAGUGGCACGCAGGGGCCUCCCCCAAGUCCAGUGUCGUGCCUGGUCCACGCACAGCUGAUUGACUCCAAUAUAAAUCCAUUACAUUUGGCGAACUCCACCCAGCGUGAGCUCCAGCCUGGCCCCCCGUGGACUUCCGUGCUCUUACCAGCACCACCUCGACGCCAGUUACCCAGGCGUGAAAGCGUGCGGACGGCACGAACUCCUUCCUUCCCCUCAUCCCCCCCGGCCGGCUCCUCACCAGGUUCUGGCCCCACGUGCCCUUCUCCGCCCUUCCUACUGCAAACUCAGCUUUCCCUGCUACUCAAGCUCACCUCUCUGCCUGUCUGAGUGACGGAAACCGGUAACCGCCUUUAGUGAGCAAACACAAUUCCUGCUCGCCUAAAGAACCUGGGGUUUGCCUGGGGCUUCUCAUCUGAGUGACAGCAAAGAGGCGACGGCCUGGAUCAGUCCCGACUGAUAGGCAGCUCCAUACUGUCAGCGCCCAAAGGAGAGCAGAGGCCUCUGGGAGCAGAGGGCGCCCUGGGACUAGGCUAGGGGUGCAGCGGGACCCAGCAGUCCGGCCUCACCUCUGCAGGUUUCAGCGGGAGGGCGGCUGCGCCCACCAUUUGACCUGCCUGUGUCCCCUCACGUGGGCUCAGGCUUGUGGCCUCCUUCAAUAAAAACCUUUUAAAAUGA